AUGUCACUCGCCGAAAAUGAUAGGAGAAAUCUGUCUGAUCUACAGUUCCAUGGGCCGUCGAGCUCCGAGUAUGGCUUGAAUAUAGCCCAGAAUAGUUCUGGUAUCGAUGAAAUGACAACGGUUACAGAGGAGCUGAACAACAACGACUCGUGGGGAGGCGGCGAUGUCUUCCACGAACCAUUGGACGCUCCAUGCACUGUGCCAGUUCACAGAUUGUUAAGCAAGGCAGACACGUUUCGACUUUUACAUGUAUAUCAAGAAGUUAUUGGAAAUUUCUAUCCGAUACUAAACCUGCAAUCUCUUGGUGAAGAAGCUGAGAAGCCACAUGAUUGUGGAGGAAUUGAUCUAGGAUUAAGGCGAGGCAAUUCUUCGCACGUCGAUAGUGACAGCAUACUAGUAUUGAAUCUGGUUUGUUCAAUUGCUCUUACGGCUGAAACUACUGGAAGAUCUAAAAUAGCCCAAGUAUUCUACGAAAGUGCACAGAGCGCGAUUCAGACAAACGUAACGGCCCGGAAACUUCAGAUACGAGAUGUUGUACUGGUACUACUAGCGAGUAUCUACCACUACUUUAGUGAUGAUAUUCGGCUGGCAUGGCGACUGUGCGGUAUCGCCGGUCGGAUGGUUAUGGAACUUGGCAUUCACCGUCGGGAGAUCUUCCAUCAGCUUUUUAACAUCCCAUCUCAGCGUGAUAAGGUUGGCAGCACUAUAUGGACUAUUGUGGUGCUCGACCGACAAUGGAGCUGUGCCCUUGGGAUUCCACAAAACUUCCAAGAGUCAGACUUUGAUAAGCGCCUGCCAGUCCCUGAAUGUGCGAUCUAUUUGAAAGCAAUGCUCUCGUACGGGCUGUUAAGUCCAGUGCAUUGGGAUCGUGUUCAGCGUAAGAUAGCCGGCGCUAUAUGCAGUGAUGAGGAUUCCUUUCGAUUCCUCACGUCAGAGGUAGAGCAAUGGCGAGGAAGCUCGUUAAACGGCAUGAAAUUUAUUCAUCCUAUAAUCCAGGAUGAUCCGAAUAUAUCUUGGAAAACCCGCAGCGUCAUUCCCACAUUAUUACACUUACGCGCAAAUCAACUGCAGCAUCUCUUAUUUCAACAGCUGCUUAUCUCGAAUCCCAACCUUGCUAUAAGCACUUCAUUCGCGGAACCAAGCCUGGAAACUGCCAACGAUACAAUAGAGAUUCUCUGCGAUAUUAACGAAUCUUCAGAUUUAUAUAGGAAACAACUUCCCGUAUUCCGACACUUUCUUGCCUCCUCUAUCUCUGUAAUAUUAAUGACCAUCACGCAUAAAACCCAAAUCGAGACGACAUCGUCAUCUGACGUGCGGCAACAGUUCCUAUCAAACAAGACGAGCGACAUAAUUACAAGAGCAGUACAGCUUGCAACAGCUUAUGCAGAUUCAUCAGGCAUCUCACGACAACUGUGGGAGCAGCUUGUGUCUAUCGUAGAAUCUCUAUGGCAACAUAAAAUUAUCACGAAUGGACGACUUGAUCAGAUAACUUCGGCUUCUUCAAUCAUUGACUUCAAUGUGGUGGCCAACGGUAUUCCUGGCUAUUAUAGCCAAAUACCUAAUAAUUCAUGA